CGAUGUUGUUUAAUUAAGAACGGCGCCGCGAAGUGAGAGUUUGACAGCGUGUCAACAAUGAUGGCCGGUUUAAUUAUUUAAUAUUUUAAGGAUCAGUUAAGACGGUGUCGCUUUAGCCGAAAACGACAUCGUGGGAGGUCGACACCGUCGCAGUACUGAAACAAUGUUGUUUAAUUAAAAACAACGUCGCAGUGACGAGAGUUCAGCAAUGGUGGAUUUCGGCUCAGUGUCGUUUUGGACCAAGUUGCCACGUGCUCAAGCGGUUUCGCACUCGUGGGAGUUACGCAACAAGGAGGAAGUUACCUGCACGGUUGACAGGAGUAAAGACGUGGGAGACAAAGGCGCGAGGGCGGUUACUACGACGAGGAGAAGCGCGAAGUAUAAAGAUUGGGAAGAGAGAGAAGUUCAUGACGACAAAAUCAAAUUACAAACUGCACCUACGCAGAUCUAUCUUUUCCUCUCUAGUUCGUAGAACUUCUCUGUCAAAGACCUCCUUUGCAGAGUCGUAGUAGUCGUAGUCGUAGUUGCGGAGCUCUCCAGAGGAACCUCCAUAGGAGUAGAAGUAACGUAACUUAGAACACUCCCGGUUUGGUUUCUCGUUUCUCGUUGAACACCCUCGUUCGAACGUAGUUUGGAGAGGUGGUGAACCGAGUAACGGUUGUUUGAUUAGAAGUCAAAGGUGUAUUGAUCGAAUCAACAUCGCCGACACCGGCGGUGGAUAUUUGACAGUCAUCUUGGUUUCUGUUUAAUCGAUCAAAUCAACGGCCCUGACAUUCGGUGGCGGAUAUUUGACGAUUUUUGCUGACUUUGGGUUUUUGUUUCCUUGAAAUCAGAGCGCAUUGAACGCGCGAGUUUCGCCAACGAAACAGAAAUCCUUGCCAAAUGCCAAGGCCCAAGAGAGAAGAAAACAACUGCAGUUUGCUAAGCUAUUUCUAUUUUAUACCUUCUGUUUGUUUCCUGAGAAAGAAGGGGGAUUUUGAAAAUGAAACAGCAGCAGCAGCCAGCAAGUAUACCAGAAGCCAGAGAUUGCUUCCGUUUUACGCCGCCGAGAUGCAGUUGGUGACGGUUGAUGCGGCAGGUCGCUGGCGACGAUGGAGGCAGCUUGGAGAAAGAAGGAAGCUAGCUAUCAGCUAUCACCAGUUCACCACCGACGCGUCCGACACGAUGGAGGUUUGCUGAGUGUCUUUAGAGACAGAGGAAGCAGCGGCGUACGCUUACCUGUGGCAACGGUGGAGGCGCGUGUAUCUGAGGCGAUGGUGGAGCGUGGCGCUGGUCGCUGGUCUUCUGCUCGCAGCCCUCAAUUAUUAGGGAUUGAAAAUGUUAGAUCGGAGAUGGGGAGAAGCUCGACAGGCUGAUAGCCCGAUGGGACAUUCACUAUUUUUUUUAUUUUAUUUUGUAAGACUAAAACGUAGUAGUUUUGAUAAAAUUUUGCAUUUUCUGGUCAUUGGCUGAAAACGCAUAGAAACGCUACUAAAACGCGUUUUUUUACCGUUUCCACCAACGUUUUUGAGCGAUUUUACUAUCAACACGUUUUUAGGUGGAAACUGAAACGCUAUGGUGACCUAGGUACGUUUUUACGAUUUAUAAUGCGAUUUUAACUGCAUUGGUGAUCAUAACAAAAAAAAGAAGGCAUCUAACUCUUUAUUAUUGUUAGAUAAUAGAAUAGUGUACAAUGC